CGGCUGGCUGACAGAGCUGAGUCUUGUCUGAGCGCUGCAACGCGAGGGUUGCUGGUCUGGGACGUGGGUGACGGCUGGAGGUCCGACUGGGAGUUGGGGUGGGCGUCGGAAGGGGGCUGGGCGGCGGGAUGAUGGAGGAGGAGGAACUGGAGUUCGUGGAGGAGCUGGAAGCCGUGCUGCAGCUCACGCCUGACGUGCAGCUCGCAAUCGAACAGGUAUUUCCAAGCCAGGAUCCCCUAGAUCGAGCAGAUUUCAAUGCUGUGGAGUAUAUCAAUACCCUGUUCCCGACGGAACAAUCUUUGGCAAACAUAGAUGAAGUCGUGAACAAAAUUAGACUGAAAAUAAGGAGACUGGAUGACAAUAUUCGAACUGUUGUAAGAGGUCAGACAAACGUGGGGCAGGAUGGCAGGCAAGCACUUGAAGAGGCCCAGAAAGCUAUUCAGCAACUCUUUGGCAAAAUCAAAGACAUCAAAGACAAAGCAGAAAAAUCGGAGCAAAUGGUUAAAGAAAUCACCCGCGAUAUUAAGCAGCUAGAUCAUGCCAAACGCCACCUGACCACCUCAAUCACAACGCUGAACCACCUGCACAUGUUGGCAGGUGGCGUCGAUUCCCUCGAAGCCAUGACCAGGCGAAGACAGUAUGGAGAAGUUGCUAAUCUUCUUCAGGGUGUAAUGAAUGUUCUGGAACACUUCCACAAGUAUAUGGGAAUUCCACAGAUCCGGCAGCUUUCUGAAAGAGUGAAGGCUGCCCAGACCGAGUUAGGACAGCAAAUCCUGGCCGAUUUUGAAGAAACAUUUCCUUCCCAGGGUACCAAGAGGCCAGGAGGACCCAGCAAUGUCCUACGAGAUGCGUGUCUGGUUGCUAAUAUUUUGGACCCCAGAAUCAAACAGGAAAUCAUCAAAAAGUUUAUAAAACAGCAUCUUUCAGAGUAUCUAGUACUUUUUCAAGAAAACCAAGAUGUUGCCUGGCUGGACAAAAUCGACAGACGCUAUGCCUGGAUAAAACGCCAGCUUGUGGACUAUGAGGAGAAAUAUGGCCGGAUGUUUCCACGUGAGUGGUACAUGACCGAGAGGAUUGCGGUAGAAUUUUGCCAUGUCACAAGGACAGAACUUGCCAAGAUUAUGCGUACCAGAGCUAAGGAAAUUGAAGUGAAAUUGCUUCUUUUUGCUAUUCAGAGGACAACUAACUUUGAGGGGUUUCUUGCAAAACGCUUCUCCGGCUGCACCCUGACAGAUGGAACACUGAAAAAACUCGAGUCUCCUCCCCCGUCCACCAAUCCCUUCCUGGAAGAUGAGCCAGCACCAGAGUUGGAGGAACUGGCGACGGAGAAAGGAGAUUUAGAUCAACCAAAGAAGCCUAAAGCCCCAGACAAUCCAUUUCAUGGCAUUGUUUCAAAGUGUUUUGAGCCUCAUCUCUACGUAUAUAUUGAGUCCCAGGACAAAAAUCUUGGAGAGCUGAUAGAUCGGUUUGUGGCCGACUUCAAAGCGCAGGGGCCACCUAAGCCCAACACUGAUGAGGGGGGUGCUGUGCUUCCCAGCUGUGCUGACCUCUUUGUCUACUAUAAGAAGUGCAUGGUGCAGUGCUCUCAGCUCAGUACGGGGGAGCCAAUGAUCGCUCUGACCACCAUUUUCCAGAAGUACCUCCGAGAAUACGCCUGGAAAAUCCUCUCUGGCAACCUGCCCAAAACCACAAGCAGCAGUGGAGGGCUGACCAUCAGCAGCCUCCUCAAGGAAAAGGAGGGCUCAGAAGUAGCCAAGUUCACUCUAGAGGAGCUCUGCCUCAUCUGCAGCAUCCUGAGCACAGCAGAGUACUGUCUGGCCACCACCCAGCAGCUAGAAGAAAAACUCAAAGAAAAAGUCGAUGUAAGCCUGAUUGAACGAAUCAAUCUGACUGGAGAAAUGGACACGUUCAGCACUGUCAUCUCUAGCAGCAUUCAGUUGCUGGUGCAGGAUCUGGAUGCCGCCUGCGAUCCUGCCCUGACUGCCAUGAGCAAGAUGCAGUGGCAGAAUGUGGAGCACGUUGGUGACCAGAGCCCCUACGUCACGUCUGUCAUUCUUCACAUUAAACAGAACGUCCCCAUCAUCCGUGACAACCUGGCUUCCACGCGGAAAUACUUCACUCAGUUCUGCAUUAAAUUUGCAAACUCCUUCAUUCCCAAGUUCAUCACCCACAUCUUCAAGUGCAAGCCAAUUAGCAUGGUGGGAGCAGAACAGCUGUUGCUGGACACCCAUUCCCUGAAGAUGGUCCUGCUCGAUCUCCCCUCCAUCGGCUCACAGGUGGUGAGGAAAGCACCUGCCAGUUAUACCAAGAUUGUUGUGAAAGGCAUGACCCGGGCCGAGAUGAUCCUCAAGGUGGUGAUGGCCCCUCAUGAACCGUUGGUGGUGUUUGUUGAUAACUACAUCAAACUCCUUACAGACUGCAACACAGAAACCUUCCAGAAGAUCCUGGACAUGAAGGGGCUGAAGAGAAGCGAGCAGAGCAACAUGCUGGAACUCUUCCGCCAGAGGCUCCCCACUCCGCCCUCAGGGCCAGAAGGCUCCAGCUCGCUGUCCCUGCUGGCUCCCACACCAGAACAGGAAUCAUCUCGCAUCCGCAAGCUAGAGAAACUGAUUAAAAAGAGACUGUAGGAGCACACCUGGCCAGUGACCCUCAGCACCCAGCUCCCUGGAAGCCCCCUACCCCUCCUGCACUCCCCUUGACUCUCAGGUUGUCGAUCUUGAAACUUCCUGGGACGUUUGGGUUGUUACUGUGUCUCUCUCUGCCCUGUCUUAGUUCCUGUCCUGAUCAGAGAAGCCGAGUAAGGGUGGGUUAUAAAAAGGCAGUUUAGAUUGUCUCUGAUUCCUGCAGCAGAGGCAGCAGUGGGUGAAAGGUCCCUGCUCUGCGCUUGCUGUUCCUGGGCUGCUUUCGACUGGUCCAGUGGUCACUGACUGUAGCCUCACCUCUGGCACGUGGCCCUCUUCCUUACCAUGCGCCUGUCCAGGCAUUUUGGGUGAGAAAGCCUGGAUCUCUCCCCUUCCUCCAUCUGCUGCUGGUUGAGGUUACCUCUGCAGCCAGAACCUAAGAGAUGUCCUCCCCGCUCUCUGGGUUUGGCUCUCUGGCCCGAGUUAGUGAAGUGGCAGAUUACAAAUGUAGGAAACUAGCCUUUCUUUAUGAAGGCAGUGGAAGCAGGAGCAUUCUUCCAUGUCAGUCCCAGUUUCCUGGUACAUAUUGUGCUUCUGGUACUUUUCCUAACUUGGCCAAGUUAUCCCUGUGUGCUCAUUUCUCAGUAACCUCCACUUUCGUCUCUCUAUACGUCUAAGGAGAGAUUCCUUCUGUGUCUCUCAUCCAGGAGGCUUGUACGUGCCAGGCAGGUGUCUUCUCUGCUGCUGGCCUGGGUAUGGGGGCAGACCCAUAUCUGACUUGGAGAGAGGGUUCUGCUUGGCACACCUAGUGCGUGACAUAAGCAGAUUGUUUUCUCCAUUUCUUUACUUGCGCUCUGCUCCUGACUUCCAGGGGAGGGAUUGACUUCUCUGAAGGGAAUCCAGGGCGUUUUCCUAGAAAAAAUUUCCUCCUCAGAUGAAGCUGUGGGACAGCCCAGGAGGUCUGUACCCUCUAAUGCCCUUCCUACCCAUUCAUGUUCAAAUCCAGUGUACUUUCCAGAAUCAUCUGAAAGAACAAAGGUAAUGUGCAAUACCAGAGCGACAUAUUACUUGAUUACUAACGAGAAAGAACCUAGGGCCACGGAUAGCUAAGGAACAGAAUACUGACUUUAAAUGCCACCUCAGCACCUGGUGCAUCCCAGAACGCCCACUGGCCUGCCCGUCUGUCCGCCGCGGGCUCUUGGCCAGUGCAGCUUUGCAAAAAAGAGUUGCCUCAGAACAGCUUCAGCCCUCGCACAUCUUCCUGCAUCACGAGAACAGGCAACCUAUCGGGUAGUUGCCCUGAUUCACCUGGUUCACUGGAAACGGAGCCUCAGUUAACCGUGACCGUGGCCUCAGGGUAACCGCUGUUAGUGUCAGCAUUUGUUCAGGAAUCAUGAACAGUUUGUUGGCCAGGUGGGGAGAGAGCUAAGGAGAAAGGUGGAGCUCUUUACAGAAAACGCACAUAACAGGCCUCAGGAUAAAAUUAGGAUAUCAAAUAGCACUCAGAAAUGAGUGUUCAGGAGAGAGGAAGUUUCCUGAAAAUCCAUAAGGCUUGUGACAGCCCUAGAAUAGGAAACUUUAACAUUUGAAAAUCUGACCGGAAACAUUGAUUAUUUGUUAUUGAUUAUUUCUCCUCUGCUUGUUUUCUUAUAACCGCUCUGCACUGUUCCCCUUCCCUCUCCAUCAGCCUUUCUCUCAGACUCAGUCCAUCAGCCCUGACUUUGAUCCUGGACCUCAGUUCCUCAUCAGCCUCGAGCCUAUUCUUGCUAGUCGGCAUGACUCUUAUGUAUUAAGCAUCUCAAACUCCAGAAUACUGAGAAGAAAGUAUAUGUGGAAGACAGAGUGUGGCCUUUAGCUGAGCUCUAUUAGGAAAAGACUGCUAAAUAGAAAAGUGCAGGAAAGGUUGGGAAGGGACUCAGAGAGACCCUGGCAGCUUGGGAGAUAGAUCUCACUGCCCGGACAGCCAUUGUGUUGCUCUGGUGGAGUUACACAGCCUGCACUAAUUGAGCUUAACGUUCUCUUCCCACUUUUGAAAGAAGGGGCCGUGGGCCCAUCUCCAGACAGCACAGUGGCUUCAGCUGUCUGUCAUCGGCCUGGGGAGCCGGGAAAACCAGUGGACUCCUGCACCUGGUUCUUGUCACUCUCAGUGUUUACAGAUCCACAUUUCUCUUUUGGUUCAUUGGUGAGGAGUCAUUUUCUGGACGUCUCCAUAAUGGCAUUGAGAUGUCAAGCCGCUGUUUUCCCCCAGUUGGUGGUCACAGCCAGGGAAGUUGUGUUCUUGAUUUAUUACGUUGUCAGUAAUCUCCAGGGAGCCAACAGAUGUCAGUAGGAGUUAUGUUAAAUGUCUCAUUGAUGAGGUCUGAAUGCUGUGUGUGCAUCCUGUAGUGUCAGACAGAGCAUGUUUCUCAACUAGGGGUAUGCAUCAGAAUUGCCCAGGGCCCUUUUUACAAAUACAGAUGCCUGGAGAUUCUGAAUAAGUGAGUCUGGAUUAGGGCCCAGCGUACAGGUUUAAAAGUUCCAUAGGUGAUUAUAACGUUUACUCCUUGUUAAGAACCAUUGCAAUAGAGAGAAAUUUGCUUUAUUGAAGGGUUCUAUAGCACAUUUUCAUAGACAUAUAUUUUUUCCUGGCUCUCUAAGCAAGUGUAAUUACUGUACAAUUGGCUGAUACCAACACGGUUAAGAUUUUUUGCUGAUAGCCAGCAGCUUUAAUUUUAAACUUGUGUCGAUGGUAGGGACCAUGCCAGAAGUCAUGCUGUCACCAUACUGAUGAGGAUUCUUCCUGUUUUGAUGACCAAGCCCCAAACAGAAAUUUUAUUUAUUACUGUCACUUCAAAAUAACAUGUAUAAAGGAGCACUCAUUGAUAAAAACAGUAGCUAACAACUCUGUUGUUCAGCUAAGUUAGAUGUUGUACCCGUUGCUUCCCCCCACUGUCUCUAGCCCCUUAAAAAAAAAAAAACUUUGAAGUCACUUUAUGUUGGUUAAAAUAAAUAUUGGUAAUUUAUAAUUGAAGAAGAGUUUGCUGCUUCUCUUAUUAUGAACAGACUUCCUCAUAGCUGGCUUAGGGGUGGCCAGGCUGGAGAAAGUUCUGUUUGGAUCAUAACAGUGAAACAAGAACCACAAUGGACAGGGUGUUGUGACCUCCAAAUUCCGUUUUGGAAUUAACACUGACUACCGCCACUCCUCCGUCUCUUGGAGAACAAAGAACCAAUAACUAGGACUUUGCCCGCCACCCAGAUAGGGGUGCCUGCUUUCUCAUGCCGAGGGUGGCUCCUCAGGACAAAUCAACCAGGCCCAAGAGCAAACUGCCAAAGACCGGUGGACAGUUACGGGGCAGACACAGUGAGCAGGCAGGUCUGAGGGGGACACCUGAUGCGGGGGAUGUUACACCGGCCCAUCCUGAAUUGCCCUUGGACAAGGAAACGUAGUUCCCUGUUUACGGAAUGCUAGGGGGAAUGCCCAGAGUUCACAGCUGGAAAUGUAAUUGCUCUCCCUAGGAAGAGAAAUCUCCAAAAUAACUAGCUUGCUUGAGGGUGUAAGCAAGUGUUUCACACUUCUUGUGUACUCCGAGUCAGAUUGCUAAAAAUAAAGUCAUUAGAACUGCACUGCACCAUUUAAACAAUGGCCUUGGAAACAUGGACGCCUGAAAAGCUGGCAUGUGGAAAGAGUACUGUUGGAUUUUAUAUAGUAAAUAAAAAUUUCCAGUCUCAUUCUAGUAUUUAUCAAAAUCAAUAGCCUCCCGGACCCUCCAAGUUCUAUACCUUUGGGAGAUAUCAAUUUCCUUAAAAUAAAAGAUUGCUUUUUUGUGUAAAUAUC